CUAGCGUAAGUGAUGUAUCACAUUCUUAACUCUCCUCUUUUUCAAGAGCGAGUGAGUUAUCAUCAUCAUCUAUUUAGAUCUCAGAAACGAGGAGAUUUUUAUUACAGAGUUAGGGUUUGGCAAUUGAGGAAAAAACAGAGAUAGUUUGAGAAAGAGUAACAGCAAUGGUAGACCGAAAGGAAAUCCCUAUGGCUAUGGGGCUAUUGGCGGUGCUCCUUUUCUUCGUUGCAUCCUCUUCUUUUCAUCUUGUUCGUGCUUCCGAUGAUGCAGAAGACGCGAUCUUCUACGAGUCGUUCGAUGAGGAUUUUGAAGGUCGUUGGAUUGUAUCCGAAAAGGAUGAGUAUAAUGGUGUCUGGAAGCAUUCAAAGAGUGAUGGGCACGAUGAUCACGGACUUCUUGUUAGUGAACCAGCAAGGAAAUAUGCUAUAGUUAAAGAACUUGAUGAGUCUGUCAGUCUUAAGGAUGGAACAGUUGUUCUUCAGUUUGAGACUCGCCUUCAGAAUGGCCUUGAAUGUGGUGGUGCAUAUCUUAAAUAUCUUCAACCCCAGGAGAGUGGUUGGAAACCCAAGGGAUUUGACAAUGAAUCUCCAUAUUCUAUCAUGUUUGGUCCAGAUAGGUGUGGGGCAACAAACAAGGUGCACUUCAUCUUCAGGCAUAAGAAUCCAAAGACUGGGAAGCAUGUUGAACACCAUAUCAAGUAUCCCCCUUCUGUCCCAUCUGACAAACUAUCUCAUGUGUACACUGCAAUUAUAGGUAAUGAUAAUGAGGUGAGAAUUUUAAUUGACGGCGAGGAGAAGAAAAAGGCAAAUUUGUUAUCUUCUGAGGAUUUUGAGCCUUCCCUUAUUCCUUCCAAGACAAUCCCAGAUCCCGAUGAUAAGAAACCCGAGGACUGGGAUGAGAGAGCCAAAAUCCCUGACCCAGAAGCUGUAAAGCCAGAUGACUGGGAUGAGGAAGCACCCAAGGAAAUUAUAGAUGAAGAAGCUGAGAAACCCGAAGGAUGGUUGGAUGAUGAGCCAGAGGAAAUUGAUGACCCAGAGGCAUCAAAACCCGAAGAUUGGGAUGAUGAGGAGGAUGGUGAAUGGGAAGCGCCCAAAAUUGAGAACCCAAAGUGUGAAGCAGCUCCUGGUUGUGGUGAGUGGACGAGGCCAACAAAGAGGAACCCAGAUUAUAAGGGAAAAUGGAGUGCCCCCUACAUUGAUAAUCCCAAUUACAAGGGUAUCUGGAAGCCUCAGGAGAUUCCAAACCCAGAGUACUUUGAACUUGAGAAACCCGACUUUGAGCCUAUUGCUGCUAUUGGCAUUGAAAUAUGGACCAUGCAAGACGGCAUUCUAUUUGAUAAUAUUCUGAUUGCCAAAGAUGAUAAGAUUGCAGAGUCCUACCGGGAAACUACAUGGAAACCCAAGUUUGCCAUUGAGCAAGAAAAACAAAAGGCUGAAGAAGAGGCUGCAACCGAAUCAGAUGGUGGUAUUGCAGGCUUCCAGAAGAAGGUGUUUGAUGUUUUGUACAAGAUCGCAGACAUUCCCUUCUUGAGUGGCCACAAAGAUAAGAUUCUUGAACUCAUUGAAAAGGCCGAGAAGCAACCUAAUGUGACCAUUGGUGUUCUUGUAUCCAUUGUGAUUGUCUUCGUGUCAAUUUUCUUCAGGAUCAUAUUCGGUGGGAAGAAACCUGCUGCAAAGGUGGAGAAGAAGACCACCACAGAACCCAAAGAACCUUCCAAGAAAGACAGUGGAGAGAAUGAAGAUAACAAAGAUAAGGAGGAAACAUCCAAUCCUCCACGUCGGAGGACAAGGAGAGACAAUUGAAAUGAUUGAAACUUAACGUGUCCCAUUAAGUAUCAUCAUCAGAGGCUAAUUUUGGGCUUAGUUUGGAUUUUAGGUGCACUUUGUUUUCACUUCCUUUUUUCCUUAUUUGAAGGAUUAUAUACUUAAGGGAGUAUAUAUUUCUCCUUUUUGGAGAUUCGAGUGUUUGACCUAGUUGAAGUUGUACAAUUAUUUUUUUUUUCAUUUUCUUUUUUCUAGUAAUGAAUGAAUUAUGUUUUUCACACAGCCAAAUACGGGUCUGAGUUUCUUGCUUCGUUAAUGUUUCCA